AUGAGUACGACAGGUUCGCAAGGCCGUCGAUUCUUCUCAUCUAAUCUAAGGGAAAAGAUAAUUGAAUUAAUACCUAAAUCGCAUCAAGACAAUGUCCGUAUGCUCAUGAAACUUUAUUCACUUAUUUUACGAGCUGUGUCCUCUUCUCGAAUGAUUGAUUUAACAACCUAUCGCAAAGCUACAAUGGGUUUCACAUUGUUCAUAGCCGCCGAACUUCCUUUUGUCAAAUACAAUAUUACAGUUCACAAUUUAAUUUUCCAUAGUUGUGAACUAAUCGAAAUAAAUAACGGAAAAGCGUUGGGCAAAUUGUCAGAAGAAAGUUUGAAAUCCUCAAAUAAAGAUGUCAGAGAUUUUCGUGAACAUUUAGCACGAAAAUCUGAUCAUCUGUCAAAUCUUUCCGACAUAUUUAAACGCCUCUUUCUUCGCUCAGAUCUGAUUAUUCGAUAUGAAAUAUCGAGUUCCAUUCGUAAGCGGAAAGACGAACCCGGCACAUUUCCUACAUGCCUUAGCGAGGACGAUACAUUACUGAAUUUGUUAUUUUUGGACAAUUAG